CCACUACCGCCUCCACAGCAGCAGCGCGACCGCGCGACGCCAUGUGUGUGACCAGAGCUCCAAGCCACCACCGGUCGGGCGAGGCCGAAGAACGGGCGGAGGCCGCCUAGCUCCUUUUCGUUUCCCUCUCGCUUUCUCCCCUGGCCUCCCCGGCUCCCCGUCUCCUCGUCGCAUUCGAGUGCCCCCGCUGAUUGGCCACCUAUACUACAACUAGUACUAGUAGUUGGCUCAUCGUCCUCUCCGUCCCUGUUCGGUAUCCUCGUUCCUCGCUUGGAGGCUGCAGCUGGCAAUGGCGACUCGCCGUGGAAGGCAGGCUCCGCCAUGUGCGCUUCUGCUCCUCCUAGCCUCCAUGUUUCUGCUGCAGGGAGCUCCGUCGCAGGCCGGCGACACCGUCGCCGCCGGCCGGCCGCUCUCCGGCGGGGAGAGCCUCGUGUCCAAGCGUGGCAAGUUCAGGCUCGGCUUCUUCCAGCCAGACAACUCGUCAGAUCACUGGUACCUGGGCAUCUGGUACAACCAAAUCUCGCUGCACACCACGGUGUGGGUGGCGAACCGGGAGGCGCCGGUCACCGACCCGGCGUCCUCGCAGCUUACCAUCUCGAGCGAUGGCAACAUGGUCAUCCUGGAUCACCGGAGGUCCGCCGUCUGGUCAACCAACGUGGCCGGCGUCGCGCCCAACUCCACGGUCGGCGUCAUCCUCGACAGCGGCAACCUCGUGCUGGCGGACGCGUCCAACACCUCCGUGGUGCGGUGGCAGAGCUUCGACCACUUCGGCAACACGUGGCUCCCCGGCGGGAGGCUCGGCCGGAACAAGCGCACCGGCGAGGUCACGCACCUCGUCGCGUGGAAGGGCUACGCCGACCCGGCGCCGAGCGUGUUCUCGCUGGAGCUGGACCCGCGCGGCUCCAGCCAGUACCUGCUCAACUGGAACGGCAGCGAGCAGUACUGGAGCAGCGGCAACUGGACGGGCCGCGCGUUUGCCGCCGUGCCGGAGAUGACGCCCACCGACGCGUCGCCGCUGUCCAAGUACACCUUCGGCUACGUCGACGGCGAGGACGAGAGCUACUUCAUCUACGACGUCACGGACGAGUCCGUGGUCACGCGGUUCCUCGUUGACGUGACCGGGCAGAUCAAGUUCCUGACAUGGGUGGCGGCCGCCAAGGAGUGGAUGCUCUUCUGGUCGGAGCCCAAGAAGCAGUGCGACGUCCACGCCGUGUGCGGGCCCUUCGGCGUCUGCACCGAGAACGCGCUGCCGUCCUGCAGCUGCCCCCGGGGGUUCCGCGAGCGCCGGCCGGCCGAGUGGCUGCAGAACGACCACACCGCAGGCUGCGCCAGGAACACCGGCCUGGCUUGCAGCGACCAAGACGGGCAUCAGAAGAAGAGCAAGAACGAGGACAAGUUCUACCCGAUGCCCAACGUGAGGCUGCCGAGCAACGCGCAGAGCGCCGCGGCGGCGAGCGCUCGCGACUGCGAGCUCGCGUGCCUCGGCAACUGCUCCUGCACCGCGUACUCUUACAGCGGCGGCUGCUCGCUGUGGUACGGAGACCUCAUCAACCUUCAGGACACGACCAGCAAUGGCGCCGGUGGCAGCAGCAUCUGGAUCCGCCUGGCCGCGUCCGAGUUCUCCGGCACCAGGAACACCAAGAAGCUGGUCAUUGGGCUCACCAUCGCGGGGUUCGUGGCCGCGGUCACCGUCAUCAUUCUGGCUACCAUCUUCAUCCUGAGAUGCAGAAGGAUGAAGUCGUUGUGGAGGGUCGAAGGUUCCCUGAUGGCGUUCACGUACCGUGACCUGCAGUUCGUGACCAAGAACUUCUCUGAGAAGCUCGGCGGCGGCGCCUUCGGGUCGGUGUUCAAGGGGUCGCUGCCUGACGCCACGCUUGUCGCUGUCAAGAAGCUGGAGGGCGUCCGGCAGGGUGAGAAGCAGUUCCGCGCCGAGGUGAGCACGAUCGGCACGAUCCAGCACGUGAACCUGAUCAGACUGCUCGGGUUUUGCUCCGAGAGGAUGAGACGGCUGCUCGUCUACGAGCACAUGCCGAGGGGCUCCCUGGACAGGCAUCUGUUCGAGACCAGCCACGGCGUCCUGAGCUGGGAGACGAGGUACCAGAUCGCCCUGGGGGUCGCGAGGGGCCUGGACUACCUGCACGAGAAGUGCCGGGACUGCAUCAUCCACUGCGACAUCAAGCCCGAGAACAUCCUCCUGGACGAGGCGUUCGUCCCCAAGGUGGCCGACUUCGGGCUCGCCAAACUCAUGGGCCGCGACUUCAGCCGCGUGCUCACCACGAUGCGUGGCACGGUGGGGUACCUGGCGCCGGAGUGGAUCGCCGGCACGGCCAUCACCACCAAGGCGGACGUGUUCAGCUACGGCAUGAUGCUGUUCGAGAUCAUCUCGGGGCGGAGGAACGUCGGGCAGCGCGACGACGGCACGGUGGACUUCUUCCCAUCGACGGCCGUGGGCCUGCUCCUCGACGGCGACGCGGGGCGCGCGGUGGACGGCCGGCUCGGCGGCAGCGCGGACGCGGCCGAGGUGGAGAGGGCCUGCAAGGUGGCGUGCUGGUGCGUGCAGGACGCCGAGAGCCUGCGGCCGAGCAUGGGGAUGGUGGUGCAGGUCCUGGAGGGGCUCGUCGACGUCAACGCCCCGCCCAUCCCGAGGUCGCUCAAGGUGCUCGCCGAUCCGUCCAAGUACGUCCAGUUCUUCUCAGGGUUGCCGUCGACCACUGCUAGUAGCGCAGUAGUAUAAAAAAAGGGUGGAUGUCUAAUGAUGCUGUACUCCUGACACGGAGAUUCUAGAAUACUAGUACUGCAGAUAGACAAGAAAAAUAUUCUAGACAAAUAUUGUACGAUUCUUAGGGCCAGUUCAGGGCAUGUAAAGGCAAAAGAAAAACUUUUUGCAAAGAAAUCUUACCAAUUUGAAGUACUAAA